CCACGCUACUGCUACCCCGAUCCACUCCCACCCCACCGAACUCUCUCGUGAAUCCCUAAAAAAACUCUCGCGAACCUCACCCCCACCCCUUGGUCGACCUCCUCUCCCCCACGAUCUCUUCCCCGCCGCCGCCACCCAUGCCGGCCGGUUCCGGCGAGCUCCGGCCGCGCGCAACACGCCCCCAAGCUCCACCCCUCCCUCCCCCACGUCCAGAUCCGUGCCUCAAGGCCUGCAUCCUUGCCCGCGGCUAGGGUUUCGGGCGCCUCCCGUGUUCUUGCCGGAAUCCACCACAAUCGGCGAUGGCGAGGCCGGCGCUUGCGGGAUCCGUCACCGGUGUUGCCCAGGUGCAGUGGGAGGAUGAAGAUGAAGAGGACGAAGCGGGCGACUAUGAAGAGGUGUUGUGGUGGAGGCAAGAUGCAAGGAUAUGUGCUAGACGGAGGAGAGAUUCAGUGACCCAAGGAUGGACCAAACAGCAGCAGCAGCAUCACAGUAGAACAGUAGUAGAAGAAGUGAUGAUGCCCAGUCUCCUCCAAAUGCACACUUUUUUUAAGAACAGAUUAGCUCAGUGCUUAACUUGUCCAUGCCUCAAGGUCCGCCCGCUGGCCAACGAGCAGCACCCCGCACCUGCGCGUGCCCAGGCCGACGAGCAGUACGGGGAUUGGCCGCGGACGGAGACGAGUGCAGGCGCCGCAGCAGGAGAAGCAGUGGUGGCGGCGGAUCUGGUGACCGCCGGGUCGGAUUCUCGUGUCGCUGAUAGCUUGGCGCAGUCGGUUCUGGUCCAUCUACUACUCGUGACUGGGAAGGAAGGAUCAUGUCGCUGA